UACAAAAUAGAUUGGCAAAUCGGAAAGAAACGAAGAUGUCAAAGAAACCGAUCGUUUUAUAUCCGUUGAGCUGGAAAGACAUAGUCGAGAUUUGCCGAAGUUUAAGAACGAAUAACGUCUCUGUGGCGAAUAAUACAUCUACGAUAAAACUGCGCCAGAGGAAAGAAAGACUAGCGAAUAUUGCGGAAGAAAAGGAGAAAGGGGGGGGGAGAGGAAAAGAGGGGAAGAGAGAGUGCGAGAAACGUAAAAUUCGAAGAUGUAUUAAAUCCAUCCAUCGCGGAGACGACUCGUGUAAGUACUUAUAUGCUUGUACAGUUCGUACACUGCUUACGGAUGCGUAUGGAUUUCGUAUUUGUACGUUUCAGUGUCCCUGCACUCUCUUUCCCGAACCUAACCCCUCGAAAGUGUACAAGUUGUUUCGUGGCACUCGUAAUAGUGGCCGUCCGUGUUCUCCUUGUCAUUUUACCGUGGUGACAGUAACAAACAGCGGCGACAGCAAUAACGAGAAGGAGAAGAACGUCGUCGACGACGAUGACAACGUCGACGAUAAUGACCGCGGCCCUGUUCGAGUCGAGCACACGGCAUUUCGAGGCUCGACAAACUCAAAGCGAUUCGUGAGGUAAAAGUAAAGAUGUAAAGCUCUCCUCCUAACCAGUCCCGCGGCAGUCGUUGUGAAUGGACCACACGCAGGUAGGCCCCACCUGUAAACGUCCCGAACCGACAACUUCAUUAAGCGGAGCUGAAGCGCAGAGCGGCACAGCACGGCACGGUACUGCAUAGCAAUGUGCGAGACGAGGGGAGCCUUCUUAUGCGCGGCGAUGCGGGGCAAUGCGAGAUUCUCGAACGCACGACGGUUUCUUGUUUGUUCUUUUGCCUUCGUCUCAUCGGCGCGGCGGCACCUGUACACGCCGAGGAGAACGUUUCGCUCGGUUCUCUUUUUUCGGAACAUAAUCACUGCUCCCGGGUGGGAUCUUAUUUUUAGCCACGACCGAUUCUUGGAACUCUCAAACCGCCCCACUCUAUAUCGGACCCCCACCUGGUAAUUACCUGCAGCCCGAUAAUUUGCCGCUAAAGUCGCUCGGUCUCGAUCGUUAAACAUCGUCCCACGGAUUUUCAGACCGAGUAUGAUCGUCCAUCAUCGAUCAUCGAUCGCCGACCGCCGACUGUUGAUCGCCGAUCAUUGGCCGUCUCGCUGCGUUGCGUCGUAUCGCGCCGCUAAUUCAUCUAGUUUUUCUAACAAUUUGCAUUAAUUUGCAACGAUAAUCGGCGUCGAUAAACGGUUCGUCUCGAGUCCCGAAGAUAAAGAGAGAAUAAAAAAACUACGGAUGGUGAACGCGAUCAACCUGCGUCGGAUCAACUAGAGAUGAAAAUAGGAGACGAAAGGCUCACUGUAAAGAUUUUAGGGUGGAAAACUAUAACUAAACGUCGAGGUUGAGGGGCGAGGAAGAAUGGAUGGCGAGAUGGGUGGAAUACGAAGGGUGAAGAGCAGAUAGCGGAGAGUAGAGUGGAGAGCAGAAAGCAAAAUCUAAAAUGCGGCGCGAGAACGAAUGUAAUAAUCGAACGAACGCAUGAAAACGAACGGACGAACGUUUGUCGUUCCUCCGGUGUUAUACAAGCUCUUCCGAGAAUUCGGAAUUGAGAGCUUAUCGAAAAGAAGAGAUCAGUUGAAUUUGUUUGUUUGAAGAGAGAGAGAGAAAGAGAAAGAGAGUAUCUCGAAGCAUAUCCUGUUGCGUUGUAAUGCCACUACCCAGAAUCAGCAACAUGUUCCCAGAAUUAUCAACAUCAAAUAAGAAAAUAACGAAUAUAAGAUCGCUAGCAAAACGAGGGGGAAAAAAGGAGAAAGAGAGAGAAUAGUAACGUUACAAGUUGAAUCGAAUCGUUUUGAGUCGAACCCACUGAAGUCGAAAGCCAGUUGGGUCGAAUGGGAUAAGAGGAAGGAGCCACGAGGCGAAACGGUCUAUAUCGUUAGAUACAUCGUUGGGCUCUCCUCACCAGGUGGUCCUCUUCCCGUGCCGGAUGACUCAAUCGUGAGAAGGAGUUGCUCGACGAGCUCACGAGAAGACUCGCUAGAACCGUAUGUGCUUCGUGUCUUGGUCUGAGUUUGUCUGCCCGUCUCCUACCACAUUCGUGUAUUCAUGUACGUACAUAUACGCGAUUCAGUGCAGUCCCUUCCCGACCUCCUUGGCUUUCCUCGUGAACCAACUUACUCGAUAUUUCUACGCCGGUGACAGUGGUGUGCGUACUUACACGUGUAUGCAGAUCGUUCUGGUCAAACACGUGGAUCUUUCGAAUAAAAUGGUCUUCUCGUCGUCUCUUUUUAUUCAUACGCGUUCAUUCGCGAGGAAAUUAAUCGAAACGAACGGAGCUUAGGAAGAAGAGAGACGACGCGAUACAGAUUCGCUACUUAAUAGAGCAAGCAAGCAGAAAAGAUAGUCGAAGUAUUUGCAGGGACGGAGAAAAAUUAAACGCGGAGAAAGAUUAGAUGGUUGAAGCAAGAGAAGAAGAAGAAGAAGAAGAAGAAGAAGAAGAAGAAGAAGAAGAAGAAGAAGAAGAAGAAGAAGAAGAAGAAGAAGAAGAACAAGAAGAAGAAGAAGAAGAAGAAGGAGGAGGAGGAGGAGGAGGAGGAGGAGAGAAAAGGAACCGUUUGAGCGGUAAGCGAGCAGAUUCAAGGGAAAAAAAAAAGAAGGAAGAAAAAGAAAAGGUAGACGCGGAUCGUAAAUCGAUAGACAACGAGGUGACGAGAUCAACCAGCAAAGGGAUUAUCGAUCACCUCCAAAUUAAUAUACGAAUUUGUACAGGAUACUUAAAACUAUAUUUACCUAUUAUUCUCUUUUUCUGUUUCAUUCCUACAUAAAAACUCAUGGCUGUUCACGCUGUGUUGAGAAAUUGAUUCUAUUUAAAGAACACGUAUAAGAAUAACAUAUGCAGCUAUGGUGCACGGUACCGACAGAUGUUCCGAUCAACGAUAAAAAUCGACGAUGAAAGAAAUUGAGAGAUUUAUUCACUUGUAAACGGUAACAGCGCAGAGGGAGGUGCAUAAACUAAACUGGUACUUAAAUAAGUACUAUAUGCCAUAGGUAUUAAAAGAAAUAUCAAGAAAGCGAAAAUGCAUCGAGGAAUCUAUAUCGUUCUUGAACAAGUUCGAGAACUUUCCGGUAGAGUCGAACGUAGUUAGAGGUAAUACUUUGAAAGUGCCGCGAAAGUGCUGGUUAUCUGGUCACGAUCGAAGAUCAAAGAGGUGGGAUAGGAAGAGGAGGGAAAGAGAAGAAAAAGGGAGGGCGGGGGUUGUCAGCGGAGCGGGGAGAAGGACGCGGAGAAGCCGAAGAACUCAAGGAGAAGGAGAGAUAGGCGGGUUGAACGGACGACGGAGGAUCGAGGCGUCCGGCGUCCUCGAUCGCGGGAUCUUGGAGCAAAACUAACGAUCUCCCGUUCGCUUGCAAGAUCAACACGACGAUAAUUUAAUACACGAGAUCACCACCCAGGUGUGCUCUGACGUGUACAGAUGCUGUUUGUAACCUCGACAAGGAGGAAAAGGCUGAGUCGACAGAAGUGGGAAUCUGUAUACUGUAUGGCGUAUGGGAUUCCAAAUGCGAAUACGAGCUCUUCCCCUUUUGCACGAUCUCUCUCCCUCUCCCUCUCUCCCAUUUUCCUCUUUUUCUCUCUUCCCCUUUCCCAUCCCCAUCGUCAUCCCCCGUACGUCGGUCUUUCUUUCUUUCUGUCUUUCUCUUGUAUCCGUAUUCUCUCUCUUUUUGCACUACCGAUAUAAACGACCUGUACACGUGGACACGUGCGCAGAUUUUUGCGAAAUAUUUCGAAAACUUUUCAACGACCGAUGGAUAGAUGCAUCUUCUAAAAAAACUCGAUCGUUGCUGGCCAACAAACGUACGCUUGAAACGCACAGUCAUGAAAUAUCGGGAUUGUCAUCGUGACUCUACCUCUGCUAUGCCUUCGCAUUUUAACAUAUCGAAAAUAACAUAUCGAAAAAUAAUUCCCAAUUGGAAGGUGGAUACUAGCUUAUAGCUAUUAAAUGCCGGGAACGCAGAGCACAAAAAAGGGUACGUUCCUUUGACGUCAUACGCUUUCGUAGAAACAGCUCGAUACAUCGAAUCGUCGAUAAUCAGAAUGAAAAAACAGAAACACGCGUAUACUACUGGUGGUUCUCCGAUUCUCGAAGAGAUGCUACAUAAAUAGAAGAGCCGAUGACGUCAAUCGUUUGCUUUAAUUACAUAAGGACAGUCCUUAUUAACCUAUGCCGACAGCUAAUGACGAGUUAAUGAUCGCGAUAAAAUCUCUAAAUCCAUUUAUCGAUCGAACGACGAUUCUCGUUUCAUACAUCUCCUUUUUGCUGCCUCUUUUUAUCUUUCCAACUGUUUAACUAUUCCGAUCGAAUAGUACGGUCGAACGUCGUAUCGUCCAAUUUGGCCCCGUAUAUGUAUGUAUAUACAUAUACUUGGACACGUAAAUAUACGUAUAUACAUGUCAUCUCAUCGUUAUUUUAGCGUAUGUAUAUAAAUAAUUUAAAGCAAAGUAUAUCAUUAACAUACGAGUAUAAUUAGGCAAGAGCAAAUUUAACAUCUCGAUUAAUUUAUAGCGAUAGAAUUUGCGCAAAGAGAAUUACAAUUCAAACGAACGACGCGUGUACAGAUCGAUUUCUUCAAAUCCCAGUUCUCAUUAAAGAUGAUUAUAUUUCGUGCAUUGUCUUACUCUCUAUUACGUAGUCCGUUGUUAGCGUUACGUUACUCAACAAAAAUCACGUGAAAUCAUAGGUUUUUCCAUACUGCUUUUUCAUCUGGAAUCGCUUAUACAAAGGAAUUUCGUAGAAAUAAAUCAACGUGCAAGUUGAUAUUUGCAUUAAAAGACGAAUAGUGAAACUUAUUUCCAUGAAAUUCGUGGAAUACUCACGAGCAGAGCAAAACAAGGCAAAUCAAGACAAGACAAGGCGAGACAAGACAAGGCAAGGCAAGGCAAGGCAAGCCAAGGCAAAGCAAGGCAAGGAUUCCUUUUCUUCGCUAAAGGACGAACAGUUACAGAAGAAGCGUGGAACAAGGAGAUAUCGACGAUGCACGUGGCAGAAAAUGUUUUCGUAUCGUACGCUUCCUUGACGGAAGGGACAAUGGUUUCACAUGGCUAUUCUGGCGUCUUAGUCGCAGAACGUUGGGUACUUGCACACGGUUCCAUGCUGGCUCCAGUUUUAUCUCGAUCCCGGGAUUUCCUUCGUUUCUUUACAGUUUUAAAUUCCGGAGAUUUAGCCACGGCUCGAGCAUCGGAACAGUUGUUCGAUGAUUUAACGUUUCAGAUACAUCGUAACCAUUCGUUAAAGGAAUCAGGAAAGUUAGUAGCCGUUUGGAAAUGUCCUCUUUUGGAGGAAACACUGGAGAAUUCUUUGAAAAAUUUUACCUUCGAGAAACAACACGACUUUGAUCGUCUUUUAUUACCUGUCUUCUUGAUGAUCAAAUGCAAAUCGUUCGAAUUAAGCGACGAAACAAUAGGACGAGAAAAAGACUCGACAUUCGUAGAAAGUAAGCAGCUGGGCGGAGAAUCAGAAGUAACGGAUAAAGCGAAAGUUAAACAAGUUUUACUUCAACUUGCGAAACAAGCUGCUGUCGGCAAAAUUACAAAAGGAGCUAUCGUUGAAUUAGUCUCGACGCCGUUUGGAAAUGCAUUUUUUAUCGACUCGGUGAGUCGCGGAAUUAUUGGAAACUUACUUGGAACCAACCAGUGUCUCAUUGUAAUCGACGUGACUAGCUUCCCUGGAUGCGAAGGUAGUCCUGUAUUUUUAAUCAACGAUUGUGGCCGAAGAAAUAUUUGCGGCAUGGUAAUUGCGUCAUUAAGCCGGUACCGCGGAGAAUGGGUAAAUUGUACUUUCGCUGUGAACCUGUUAUCAUUGUUGAAACGAAUUCUCCAAAGUCGUGUCUUGAAAGAUGAUCCUCGAUGUUUGUCCUACAAGAUUUUACCUUUCACAUGGCGGAGUCUGCCCGAAAUUGACACCCUUGAAAAAAGUAUCGCGAUCGUAAAGUGUGGACCGAACUGGGGCACCGCUACUUUAGUAGACGAACAAAGCGGAACAUUCAUAACGUGCGCACAUGUUGUUACAAUGGCACCAGAAAGAAAAAUUAAACUUGCAACCUGCAUUAUGUCGCGCACAGACGAGUUCGAAUGGUUUGCAGAAGCAAAUUUGAUAUAUAAAACACCAACAGAACGACCUUAUGAUAUUGCUGUAUUGAAGAUCGAUCUAAAGUUCAAAGAACCUUCGAUGAAGGCUAUCGAACUUGCUGAUACAGAUGCACAGAAGGGGGAAGAAAUACUUUCUAUAGGAUUUCCAAUCUCCUUGAAAGGACGGCCUACCAUCAGCAGCGGAAUAAUAUCAAAAACCUGGCGACACAUGUUUCAAACCAAUUGUUGCGUGCACGGUGGCGUUAGCGGUGGACCCAUUGUUCGACGCGCCAAUUUUAAAAUGUUAGGGAUAGUGGUUUGCAAUGUUGCUUUAUCGAACGAUUCUGUUUUAUAUCCACGAUUGUGCAUGGCAAUACCGACUACUGUUUUUAAGAAACCACUGGAUGAUUAUCUACGAACUGCUGAUCCUAAAGCGUUAGAAGGAUUGACCCAAUAUGAUAAGAACGUUGCAAGCACUUGGAAUUUUACUCCUUUUCUUCCCUCAAGUUCGUUUUCCUUUUUGCUUCUAAUUUCAACAUCGGUAUCCCUCUGUUUUAUCUCAGGCGGUAUAAAACUACUAUCUCCAUCUUUUUGUACUUGACGUAGCUUCCUACUUCUAUCGAUAUUGUGCGAAUAGUAGUUUGCUUCUCGUUUUGCCUGUGCAAUUUCAGUUCGUAAUCUUUGUUUAUGUACAGCUCGUUCAUAAGCUAAACGUUCGCUUAAGUGAAUCCACUUGAA